UGAGUUUGCACUUAUUUACUUUUUCCAUGAGUGCCGACUACAGCGCAAUUGUUGUUCAUUGACUUCACAGUAUGUUUAGGCCAGAUAUCAUCCGAGUGAUCUGCUUUGUCCUGAAUCGUACAAAUGGUUCCCCAUUGAAGAAUGUGUUCCAAAGCUCGACAAGAACAAAUACUCUCGCUUUGCACCCGAAAGUGAUGACGGUGUAAAGAACAGGAUGAGACGCAGUUCCGAGCUGACGCUGGGCAGUGGACCCACGUUUUUCGCAAAAACCCUGAACCCUUAUUACUUGUCACGGCCUACCGACACGUUACUGAAAGUUGGCGUCCAGCUGAGUCAAGAUCUUUCAAGUUUUGUUCAUAUCGACACAAGCGACAAAUUGCCACUGCUAAUUGAGCUGAAUCAGAAAGAACCGUUGCGUAGCAUUAUCAAAGAGCUUUGUGCCAGAUGGGAACUAAAGCAACCAGAGUGUUUCGCAUUGCAAUUUACGUUGCGAUCUCAUCUUUACGUCAAUGAAGAGAACAGGACCGAAAUUGUCAACGGAGAUGUGCUUCGUCUCUGCGCCUCGCCGGAAACGUUGAGCGAAGUGCUGAUCCAAUGGCUCAGAUCCAGUUCCAAUCAAACAGUCGAUCGCGCUCUUGAAAUACUACCAAAUUUAAGUGCUGACGCCACCUUUGCCAAAACGUUCCUGAAGUUUGAUGGUCUGAAGAUCGUCAUGGAUAUGAUAGAGAAGGAUGCAGUCUCAGGAGACUCAUUGUCUAACCUGCUUGGCGUUUUUCAACACCUGGUAGAGAAUUCUGAUUCUUCAUGGACCAUUCCUCCUGAUAAACUAAUAGAACAGAUUGCUGGAUACGUAGUAGGAAGAACAAAAUUGGAGCAUCCCAAGGUACUGGCUGUGGCGAUGACGAUCUUGGAAGCAAUUAUAAACUCCAGUCCCAGAGUCGCUCUCAUUAAUGAACAGGUACCGUUCGAAAGUCUGGUUCGCCAUCUGGAGAAUUCGGAUACGCUUGUACAGCAUAGCGUUCUUGCAUUGAUCAACGCCUUAUUCCUCAAAGUCCCUGAAAGCGAGCAUCAGAACAUAGCCUCGAAUCCGAACAAUCCGGUCGAAGAUUUCCAAGUUGUUCCUCCCGGACUUUUAGCCUUUGAUUGCAUCAGUUACUUUUGGCGAAUACACGAAGAACAAUUUCUAAAGAUCAUUCUUGAGAAUAUAUCGAAGACCGAUGGUCGCGAGUGUCCCCUUGUGCAAACUGGUGUCCUACUAGUGAACGUUAUGAUGGACGUCCUACACAUUGGCGAACAACCGUCCGAACAAGGUCAAGUGUACUAUGAGAUGUUCUUCACUCAUGAGAGCCCGUUCGAAGAAAUGUUUUCUUGCUGUAUCGUCUUGCUGAACAAGACUUGGAAGGAGAUGCGUGCUUCGUCUUACGAUGAUAUUUCGAAGGUGUUGGCCGUAGUCCGUGAACAGAUUGUCAGAAGUCUACAGGCUUCAUCAAGGACAUUUGAAAACUUCAGGAAAGAAUUAAAGCGACAUAACUACUAUGAAAUCGCAGAGUCUUGGGAAAGAGAGCGUUCGCUGAAAGAGGAAAGCGAUUUUCAGUCACCUCAGAUAAAGGAAGUACGCGAACUGCUGAUGCCGCAGAUGAAGGAACUGAUCAAGGAAAAUCGGUUAAGCAUACUGAAAGCCGGGCAAGUGUUUGCGAAAUACAGUACCGGAUCAAAGGGUAUCAGAGAGAAAGGGAAGUCAUGGUUUUGGAAGCUAUGUCAAACGGAACAGUCUUUCGUUUAUUGCGACUGUAAUGAAAAAGGUUCGCGAGAUGCUGAUAAGAUGGAAUGGAAACUUCCUGUGUCAGAAAUUUUUGACGUCGUCACGGGGGCUAACUGUUCGUACAUCAAAGAUUCGAAGACCAAAAAGCAGGGCGAAAGUCUCGCCUUCUCAAUAAUCCUGAAGGACGAUGAAAACGCCGAAAAGACCUUCAAUUUCGUGGCCCCUGAUGCUGAUACGGUAUUUAUUGCUGUUUUUUAA